AUGCCGAGCAUCGACAUCGAUGUGACGAGUGUGCCGGACAUUAUUGAGGCACAACUCACGCUCAGCUACAGCCGUCUCACUGAUGUGAUACGCGUCUUAGUGGAGCAAGGAAAUGGCCAUGAGGAUGACAUCGAUGAGAUCCGCGACCGUCUUGGGAAGUUAACGCAGGAGAACAUCGACUUGCGUGCUGAGAUUCAGGCCCUCAAGCAGGCGAAAGACCCCGGCGAGGGGGUGACAACCGCGCUCGAGGAUCUCAGGUCGACGGUGGCUCAGCUUUCGGAGAAGGUUGCGGCCAACACAGAGCACAUCGCGGCCAGCGACGCGGCACACAAGGCGUGUGUGGCCGAUGCGGAGAAGCAUUCGACUGAGCAGCAUGACGCCAUGAGGGCCACCUUCAACCGGCACGCCGAUGUGGUAGGGCAACGCGUGUCCGCCACUGAGAAGUCGCUGCAUGCGCUGCAGGCCUUUGUCGAUCUCUGGGGUGCGUUGCCGGAGCAGGUGUUAGAGAUGGGCCGGCGGACCGAUAAGCAGGAGAUGGAGCACAGUCUUGUGGACCGGACACGGUAUGUUCUUUCACUGCCCUCUUUCGCAAAGAUACAGGAGGAGAUGGAGGUGCUGCGGGCGCUACUGCAGCGUCAAGCGGCGGACGCGCUGGCGGCCAAGACGAGCGAGGCCGCGCGGACAAGUCGCACAGCCUCGUAUGUGGCUGCAAUGGCUGCCCCAGCGGAGGCGGCGGAUCGCUCGGGCGAGAUUGAGACCCUCAACGGUGCGAUGCGCUUUCUGGAGCAAGACAUGGCGGCGCUGCAGCAGCAGCGUUUGCCGGCGUUGGAGUCGGCAGUGCGCGAGUUGCAGGGGUGCGCCCACCCAGAGAAGCGUAUCAGCGGCACGGAGAAGGACGUGAACCGCUUGAACGAGCAUCUCACUCAGCUCGAGGACCGUCUCAACACGCUGCUGGGCCAAACCGGGGCGACGCAGGAAGGUGGCGUGGAUGAGUCCCACCCUGGCCUGGUAGACCUGGCUCGUCGCGUCUCGCUUUUAGAGGAGACGGUGGAGGGCUGUCCGCGGGGCAAGCACACCACGCCAACGUCCUACGGCCCAGCAUCUGGGGGUGAGGCGGUGAUCGCAGACGGGGCUGCCGCAGCGGCGCCAGUGCGUUCUUUAUCGCGCAAUCGGGGUAGUAUCCCUGCCGCCGGACGUCCGCCUUUGGGUCGCGUGAGCGGCAGUGGUGUUCUGCCGGGAGUUGCCAAGGAGGCUCCGAGCGGCAGCAGCCCUGUGGCCGAAGGCGGGCUGGCGUUGCCGUCUCCCCACCGUGUGUCUUCUUUGACUUGCAGCUUCAACUCAAACGCGCUUGAACAGCCGACGGUGGAGGUGCUGCGCCGGCAGGAGGCAUCGCAGCCCGACGUUGCCGCUGAUCGCAGCCGUAUUUCGGUAGCGGUAGAGCCAGAUGAGGGCCUGCGCCUCCGCGUCGUCCAGCUAGAGGAGAACGCAGCCAUCCUGGAGGUGAACAAGGCGGACCGCAGGGAGCUGCGUGAGCUGGAGGAGACGCUGCGCAGUGCUCUUGAAAGCUCGCAUCACCUACAUCAACAAUAUCAACAGCAUCAGCAGCAUCUACCGCCGCUGCAGCAGGCCCUGCCCUCGAGCUCGGCCUACAAUACGCCGUCGCUGGUGCCGCAGCGUCCCAUCUCAGCAAGUGGCCGGUACGCUGUUCCCGAAUACGCACUAAAUCAGCAGCGUGGGGACGGCUUUAGUAGGCCGACCUCCGCGACGGCAGGACUGGGCCGUCCCAUGUUCGUGGGCUCGUCAUCGUCGGUGUACCUGCGCGACGGAGCGCAGCUCACGAACGUCACGGUAUCGCCAACGCACUUGUAUCGGCAGUGA